AUGCCAGGCGAAAGCUUCCAAACCACCCGCGAGGCGGUGGCCCAGGCCUCUCGCCGGCAGGAGACGGUUGAGCGCGCGCGGGCGGCGCGUGAGGCGCGCGCUCAGGCUGCUGCAGCUGCGGCAAAGGUGGAGGCUGACCAGCGCGAUGCGAACGCGGCCGAAGUGGUGCAGUGCGGUGCGCGGCGGUGGCUGGAGUCGAUUCGAAGCAGGACGUCGCAGCGCGCCGCGUGGGUGUGCCCAGAUCAUCCGCCACCGGCCGGCCAGCAGCUCGCGCUCGCCGCGUGGCUCCUCCGCUUCUAUGAGCCGCGCCACGACGGCGGCCGCCUCUCGCAGCUGUGCAGGCUGAUCCUCGCGGGCCUGGAGGAGGGCGCCGAGGCGGAGCGGGCCUUCUGUGCGGCCGCGCUCAGCCGCCCGCUCACGCGCCACUGGGUCGCCGUCCUCCACCGGCUGCUGCUCGCGUGCGCCAGACAGCUGACGCCGGUCGGCGGCGCGCUUCCCGCCGCGGGCGAGGGCGAGGGCAAGGGCGGGGAGGUGGUGAGUGGCGUGCUCGGCCCGCCGCUGCGACUGCUGCUCGCGCUGGCGGAGCCCGAGCUCUUCGCCCUCGGCGUGCUCUCGCUGCCGGCUCUGUGCGAGCCGUCCGCCGCGCUGCUGCCGCCCGCAGUGCUCGAGACCCUGCGGCGCGGCGACGCGGUCUGGAAGAAGCUCAAGGGGACGAUCCGCGUCGAGUUUGUGUCCGAGCUCGGCCUGGCGGAGGCGGGCAUCGACCGCACCGGCGUCUGCAAGGAGCCCCUCGAGGACGCGGCUGGCGUCUUCAAGGAGUUUCUCGAGGACGCGAUGCGCGCCGCCAUCGACGCGCAGCGCGGCCUCUUCGCCCGGACGGCGCAGCGGAGGAUCUACCCGUCGCCGAGCUCGGGCGUCGCCGAGCUGCUCGGCAAGGCGGUGUAUGAGGGCAUCGUGCUCGACGCGGCGCUCGCCGACUUCUUCGCUGCAAAGCUGCUCGGCAAGCCGGGAUCGAUCGACGACCUCGCGUCGCUCGACCCGGAGCUCUUCCAGUCGCUGCAGCUCGUCAAGAGUUACGACGGCGACGUCGAGGGCGACCUCUGCCUCUGCUUCACCGUCGACGAGGACGUCUUCGGCGUGCGCACCGCGGUCGACCUGCGCGAGGGCGGCAGCACGAUGCCAGUCACGCGCGAGAACCGGAUCGAGUGA